AUGCCACACAUAGGCUUACUGGCACUAUUCCAGGAGGCACCCCAUCCCCAAGACAACUCAGACAUAAGUGCCAGUGGGGACACGUAUGCAACAGCGUCCCAGUGGGUUUCUUCAGACAUCUUUGUGGUGGUUCUGCUCCUUGUUCUGCUGGUGCUGAGAGCAGUAUGCUGGGUCGUCAGAAACAAUAGAACCCAGAGGACUACGGCAGAGUACGAGAGGGAUGACCUCAUUGGAUCAAAGUCUGGUAGCUAUAGAGUCACAAUGACAUGGAGGCAUUCUUUUUUUAACAUAGACCAUAUGUGUGCAUGCAUAGGUUAACAAAGUCUGUCUGAUGUUUUGCAGGAAGCUGACUGAAAUAGAGAUCAUCUCAGCAGGUGAUGGACCAGAGAGAGACACCCAGGCCAAAUGCACUCUGAAGAUCAAGACUGAUCAGAGGCAUGCCACUCAGCUGGUGGAGAUCCUUGUGGGGCGUGUCUGUCGCUAGGAGGGAGCUGGCCCAGGUAACCCACUGGCGCCCCUUACUUCAGUCACAUUACCCACUGUGGUGUCACCCACUGAUAUGAUGGCAUCACCUGCAUCUGCAUCACUUCCUGUACCCACUGAGAACAUGCCCAAAAACCAGAGUGUCCCAGCCCACUCCCCAGACACCUGUGCCCAUGCCCAAGACAACAAGUCCCCAUCCAUACUACCUCAACACUCCUAA